UUUGGUUGGCUGUUGGUAAAAUCGGUGACAUUGGUGAAACUGAUGAUAUUGAUGAAAAUGGUGAAAUUGGUGAUAUUGUGAUAUUACCAGUUUCACCAAUAUCAUCAUUUUCACCAAUAUCACCAUUUUCAACAAUAUCACCAGUUUCAUCAAUAUCACA